UGGUGGCUAAUGGAUAUGGCGACUCUCCGACAGGUCGGCAUCUUCUCUGGUUUCCCGCGAAUCUCGCAACGAAUGAACCCCCCAACCACAGUUCUCUUCUUCCAUGUUGUUCUGUUUUCUUUCUGCCCCCCAACCACAGUGCUCUUUUUCCAUGUUGUUCUGUUUUCUUUCUGUUCUUUACUGCAUGGUGUCAUUCGCUCUCCAAGGUUUUCGCAGGAUUCAAAAACUCGCUCUCUACGCCAUGGAAGAUGAAUACUAGUGAUCCAUCUCCCGCUUUGAGGUUCCUCCCUUUCCGGCGGUCUUCUCCGCCCAUCCCCGACGAACAGAAGCCAUGGCAAUAUCAAAUUCUCGAUCCAGGUGGCGAGCUUGUUACACGAUGGAAUCAUGUAUUCCUCGUUUCUUGUAUGAUCGCGCUCUUCCUCGAUCCCCUGUAUUUCUAUCUUCCUUCUAUUGGAGGCCCAGCCUGCUUGAAGAUGGACUUCGGUCUUGGGGUAGUUGUUACGUUCUUCCGUACGGUAGCCGAUCUUUUCUAUUUGGUGCAUAUGAUCAUGAAGUUUCGGACAGCGUUCGUGGCACCAAGUUCUAGGGUUUUUGGAAGGGGCGACCUUGUCAUGGAUGAGCGGCAGAUUGCAAUACGGUACUUGAAAAAGGAUUUCGUGAUUGAUCUCGCAGCAACUCUACCACUUCCUCAGAUUGUCAUCUGGUUUGUAAUCCCAGCUGUGCAAAAUUCUACUGCUGAUCACGCAAACAAUACACUUUCUCUGAUUGUUCUCAUACAGUAUGUUCCUAGGUUGUUUCUUAUUUUCCCCUUGAAUCGUCGGAUUGUUAAAACUACCGGAGUUGUUGCAAGAACUGCUUGGACAGGAGCUGCUUACAAUCUCCUCUUAUAUAUGCUUGCCAGUCAUGUUUUAGGAGCUUCCUGGUAUCUGUUGUCUAUUGAGCAGUUGCAUUCCUGCUGGAGGAUGGAGUGUGAGAAGGAGUCUACUACUAUUUUUCCAUCUUGUAAUAUUGGUUUUUUGGAUUGUAGCAGUUUAGAUCAUUCUGACCGGAAAUCAUGGUUCAAUGCCACUCGUGUGCUAACUAACUGUGAUCCCAAUGAUAGUGUUCUCCGUUUCAAGUAUGGAAUGUUUGCAGAUGCUCUUUCUAAUGAUGUUGGUUCAUCAAAGUUUAUGGAGAAGUAUCUUUAUUGCCUUUGGUGGGGUUUGAAAAGUUUAAGCUCAUAUGGGCAGAGCUUGGAAAACAACACUUUUGUUGGUGAGACAUCACUUUGCAUUCUUAUAUGCAUUAUGGGACUAGUUCUUUUCUCACACCUGAUUGGAAACAUGCAGAAUUAUCUUGCAUCUAUGACGGUGAGACUUGAAGAAUGGAGAGUUAAACGGAGAGAUACUGAAGAAUGGAUGAGGCACCGCCAACUGCCACUAGAUUUGCAAGAACGUGUUCGCCGGUUUGUUCAGUAUAAGUGGCUUGCCACAAGAGGAGUAGAUGAAGAGUCUAUUUUGCGGUCCUUACCUUUAGACCUUCGUCGUGAAAUUAAAAGACAUCUGUGUCUUGCUCUUGUUCGUCGUGUUCCUUUCUUCUCACAAAUGGAUGAUCAGCUCUUGGAUGCCAUAUGUGAACGCCUUGUCUCAUCCUUAAGUACAAAGGAUACACAUAUUGUUCGUGAGGGCGAUCCAGUGAAUGAAAUGCUCUUCAUCAUCAGAGGACAGCUAGAGAGCUCCACGACCAAUGGAGGAAGAUCAGGAUUUUUCAAUUCUAUCACCCUCAGACCAGGUGACUUCUGCGGUGAAGAAUUGCUUACAUGGGCUUUAGUGCCCAGCUCAACCCUGAAUCUACCAUCCUCAACUCGCACGGUCCGAGCACUUGGGGAAGUUGAAGCAUUUGCACUCCGUGCUGAAGACCUUAAGUUUGUGGCCAAUCAGUUCAAGCGUCUUCACAGCAAGAAGCUUCAACAUGCUUUCAGGUAUUACUCCCACCAAUGGAGAACAUGGGGUUCUUGUUUUAUACAAGCUGCAUGGAGGCGGUUCAAGAAAAGAAAAUUGGCGAAGGAGCUGAUAAAACAUGAGAGCUACUACUAUAUGCCACUUACAGACCAAGACGACAGCUACAAUGAUGGGUCCCCGGAUGGGUAUGAGGAUGGUGGUGCAGAAAGUUCAUCAGCGGAGAAUGCAAACAACUUUCAGCAUCUUGGGGCCACGAUACUAGCUUCCAGGUUCGCUAAAAAUACAAGAAGAGGAGUUCAUCACAAGGUCAAGUUAAUUGACACUUCUUCCACUAGCUUAGAGAUGCCAAAUCUUUUCAAGCCAGAUGAGCCUGACUUUUCUGCAGAUUAAGAGGACGAUUAACGAGUAGUAGCAUAUCAAAGGUAAAAUUGCAGAUGGAACUGAUCAAGGGUUUAGGUAGGAUCAUUUUAACACAUACGUGUAAAAUUUGUUAUUGCUAUUUGUUUAAAAUAGGCUUAUAAUAUUGGUUACUUGACAUAUAACCAUCAUUAUAUUAAACUAAUACGGAUUUCCUUUU